AUGCCAUCUGUGACUUCAGAGCCACCGAAGGUCGAGUCGCGGCUGCUGCUGGUAUCCAAUCGACUCCCCAUCACCAUCAAACGAUCUCCAGAUGGCAAAUACGACUAUUCCAUGUCAUCAGGAGGACUAGUGACUGGCCUCAGCGGUUUAUCAAAGACAACCACCUUCCAGUGGUAUGGGUGGCCAGGACUCGAGAUUCCUGAGAACGAGAUCGACGAUGUUACAACGAAACUGAAGGAUGAAUUCAACGCCGUCCCAGUUUUCAUGGCGGAUGAGUUGGCUGAUCGACAUUACAACGGCUUUUCAAACUCCAUUAUGUGGCCAUUGUUCCAUUAUCACCCAGGCGAGAUCACCUUUGACGAGUCAGCAUGGAAAGCCUACGAGGAAGCCAACCGCCUCUUUGCUCGUGUGAUUGCUGAUGAAGUCCAAGAUGGUGACCUUGUAUGGGUUCACGACUAUCAUUUGAUGCUCCUACCCCAGAUGCUCCGACAAGAAAUUGGCACCUCAAAGUCCAACGUCAAGAUCGGCUUCUUCUUACAUACGCCCUUCCCCUCCAGUGAGAUCUACCGUAUCUUGCCUGUCCGAAACGAGAUCCUCCUAGGAGUUCUCCACUGCGACCUGAUUGGCUUUCAUACCUAUGACUACGCACGACACUUUCUGAGCAGUUGUUCUCGAAUCCUGGGCUAUUCUACAACACCCAAUGGGGUCGAGUUUGGAGGGAAGAUAGUCACCGUCGGCGCCUUCCCAAUUGGGAUCGACCCGGACAAAUUCACCGAGGGCCUGAAGAAAGAGAAGGUCCAGAAGCGAAUAGCGGUCUUGGAGGAGAAAUUUAAAGGGGUCAAGUUGAUGGUCGGUGUCGAUCGCCUUGACUACAUCAAAGGCGUGCCACAAAAGCUACACGCUCUGGAGGUCUUCCUCACAGACCAUCCAGAAUGGAUCGGGAAGGUAGUCCUUGUACAAGUGGCUGUGCCAAGCAGACAGGACGUUGAAGAGUAUCAGAAUCUUCGUGCUGUUGUCAAUGAGCUCGUUGGACGCAUCAACGGCAAAUUCGGUACCAUUGAGUUCAUGCCGAUCCAUUUCAUGCACAAGUCCGUUAAUUUCGAUGAGUUGAUCGCCUUGUACGCCGUCUCAGAUGUCUGUCUAGUUUCUUCAACACGGGACGGCAUGAAUCUGGUUUCCUUCGAAUACAUCGCUAGUCAGGAGAAACGUAACGGAGUCCUCGUACUCUCCGAAUUUGCCGGCGCUGCACAGAGCCUCAACGGUAGCAUCCUUGUCAACCCAUGGAACACAGAGGAAUUGGCAGGCGCAAUUCAAGAAGCCGUGACCAUGAGCCCAGAGCACCGUGCUAUCAACUACGCCAAGUUACAUAAAUACGUUUCAAAGUACACCAGUGCAUUCUGGGGCCAAUCAUUCGUUGCAGAGCUGACGAGAAUAUCUGCACAAGGAGAGCGCAAGCUGAAAUUACGUCGUGCCUCUUUGAUCAAACAGCAGCCACCCACACUUCCUGAAACCCAGGAGCCGGACCUCGAGAAGUUGAGGCUGAAUGACAGUAAAGAGGCGGGGGAUGUGAAAGAACCAGAACGGGCUGAAAACCGUUCACAGACUUCGUGA